AUGACAGCCCCAAUGGACCUCGCUGCUAUUCAAAAAGCCUUUGCUGAGCAAAAUGCUCCUCAACUUGAAAAAGUAAAUGGGGAACUUCAGUCCAAGGUUACGACCCUGGAAGAAGAAAACCAACAGCUUCGCGCCCAGUUACUCCGCUCCUCUGCUCCCCCUUCCGAUGCAGCUACCCCUCCUCAACCCCCAAGUAACCCCGCUCCCGCUCCCCACCCCACUGAUGGCCCAAUUAACUGGGCUCAAAUUGCUACACGCGCCCCUCGCCGUCCCCGUCUUCCCACACCACAGAAAGUGGCUGCCAUCUCUCGUGGCUUCAACCUGCUCCCCGAAGGCCCUAAGGGCUUCAAAUACCUCUUCUUCCACCGCUCCCGCCGCUAUAACUAUAUCCAAAUCCGCAGCAAUCUUCGUGCCAUUGGUGUCGAAGUUGGCCGUAUUUUGGAUAUCAUUUUCCCUGCGCGCAAUGUCUUUGGUCUCCUCAUUGAUGUAUCCACAUCAAUGCUUUAA